AUGGAUACCCAGACCCCACCCACACUGGAGGAGCUGGCAAGACAGGUGCUGCUGAAAAAUGAGGCCUUGACCAUCUCUGCUCUGGAGCAACUUCCCAAGAUGAUCUUCCUAGAUCUGUUCCAGGAGGCCUUAAGACAGAGACUCCCUAACAUUGUGAGGGCUAUGAUGGCAGCCUGGCCUUCUCUCUACAUCCCUAUGGGGGUCUUGAAGAUCUCCACCAACUGGGAAGUAUCUUCGGCUAUGGACAAAGGACUGUGGGACCUGCUGACACAGAAAGAUCACCCUGUGAGGGGGAAUCCUCUAAUACUCGAUUUUCGGGAUGUAAGCCAUGAGUUCUGGACUCUAAAGGUUAGAACAGAAGAUGGGGCUGGCUCAGCAGAGACUGUGAGUGAGAAGCAGACAGUGAAGGCCCCUCCCAGAUAUGAGCUGAGACAGCGUGUGAAGUUGAUAACUGACCUCUACUCCAGGUUCCAACAGGAUCUAGAAGGAACAGACUUCUUGCCGGGGGUUCUGCACACAAAAGAGUCCCUACGGAUGUGCUGUGUGAACAUGAAGAUUGUAUACUUGUGUGACGGGUCCACAGAAAGGAUAUUCCGUGGAGAUCAUAUAAAUAUUUUCCAAGGAAUUAGGACACUGCAUUGCAUUGAGGUAUUAGAACUCACCAUAGAUACAAGUUUCAGCAAUAUCUUACGAUUUUAUCGCUACUUCUCAAGCAUGAAAAAUCUUCACACACUUUCUCUAGUCUUGAUGGACAAGAACACAUCUGGGUUUUACAUUUUUUCAGAGUUCAAGGGGCUUAUCCACAGUCUUAUAUCUGAGUUCUCCAACUUCCGCAGUCUCCAGCAUCUCUGUAUGAAUGGCAUCUGUUUUCUCAGUGACCACUUGAGACACUUGCUCAGGAGCCUGAAGAAUCGCCUGGAAACCUUCUCUGUCACUCACUGCCAGCUGACUCGGGCAAACUUUUAUCAGUUGUCACAAUGUCAGCUCCUCUAUCAUCUAAAGCAUCUGGACAUGAGUGGAGUCCUACUGUCCAAUUUCUGUAUGAUGCCUCUCAGGGUUCUCCUAGAGAGAGUGGCAGACACUCUUGAAACUCUGGAGUUAGAGGGGUGUGGGAUAAAGGACUCUCAGCUCAGUUUCUUCCUCCCUGCCCUCAGCCAAUGCUCCAAGCUCACCAAGGUCAACUUUUAUACCAAUGACUUCUCCAUGAAUGUCUUGAGUGACCUUCUCCACCACACAGCCAACUUGAGCAAGAUGACCAUGGAGCAGUACCCUGCCCCUCGGGAGUGCUAUGAGCUGGGUGUGGUCUCCAUAGAGAGAUUUGUACAAGUUUGCCCUGUGCUCAUGGAUACACUCGGGGCGGUAAGGCAGCCCAAGAGCAUCUCCUUUGCUACAGAUGUGUGCAGUAGAUGCUCUAAGCGCUGUGUGUAUGAGCAGGAGACCAGGCUUUGCCCUUGCUUGCAGUAA